GCUUUCCAAGCCACAGAGAGACUGCGAUAGAGCUCCGGUCCUCGAACUCCCAUGGCGUCUCGUCCCUGAUUUUCCCUUUUUCAACCCCUAGUCCGACAACAGCUUUGAUUACGAAUCCUUCUCGAUCCGUUCAUGGAUUCAGACUAUCGAAACCCUAGACAAUUAUCGUCGCACCACCACCACCACCAUAUAAGGAUGACGGUUCCUCCUCCGCCGCCGCCUCCACCGUCUCUGCCUCACAUCGAUAGUGAUCGGAGCACCGUGGAGCUUCGCGCGUUUGAUUGCAAUCUCACUUCUCUCUGCGAUCACAUUCAGACCGAGGGGUUUGGCGCAGGUGCCUUCUCCGAUGUUGUCGUCCAUGCCAUGGGCUCCACCUACCACCUCCACCGGCUGAUUCUCUCUAGGAGCUCCUACUUCAGGAAUAUGCUCCAGGGUCCAUGGAAAGAAGCAAGUUCUCCGAUCGUUAGCUUACAUGUGGAUGACAAGAAUGUUAAUGGGGAGGCAAUUUCUGUUGCUUUAGCUUACCUCUAUGGGCAUCAUCCCAAGCUUAAUGAUAAUAAUGCAUUUCGUGUUUUGGCUGCUGCUUCGUUUCUCGACCUCCAGGAUUUAUGUGCAAUAUGCACAGAUUUCAUCAUUUCCGAGUUAAGAACAUCAAACUUCUUGGCAUACCAGGUGUUUGCUGAGAACCAAGAUUACGGCAUGCAUGGAGAACGUGUAAGGAAUGCUUGCUGGGGUUAUCUCUGCCAAAGUGGUGCCACGGAGCUGAGAGAGAUGCUGCCAAAGCUUUCUGCACAGACUCUACAUGCAUUGCUGACCUCUGAUGAACUCUGGGUACCCAGUGAAGAAAAACGGUUUGAACUGGCAUUGUAUGCAUUCCUGGCAAAGGGUGCUCUGUCCAAGUCAGAACAUUCCAAUCAAGGAAGUUCCAGUUUUGAAAUGGGUGUGAAUUUUCAUAUAGAUUCUGCUACAGCUAAGGAAAAAAAUCUGAUGGAUAAUUGCUCCAUCGAGAGCUUGGACUGCCAAUUAGGGCGUUUAGAUUUAAAAGAGGACCUAGAAAUAGCGGGUGCUAGUCUUGAUACAAUUGUUCCGCUCACAGAAGGUGUGUUUGAUUUCCAAAGAGGACUUUCUCGGUCAAACCUUGUACUUCAACAAUCUGCAUGCCCAGAAACAAGUUUUGGACCUGUUUGCACUAGUGUUGUGGACAAGCCUUCAUUAUCGAGUAGCUCAUUUUCUGAGCCAACUUUUAUUAGAGCAUCAUGUUCAUAUGAUGAGGUUCCAGGUGUUGAUGUAAGUAAGACCGAAGGCAGUGGGGUGGCAGUAGAAGGACCUUCUGGAGAAAGUCCUUGUUACCAUUUGAGUAAUGAUCGAUGGGUUUCAGGAAAUGAUUCUAAAAAUUUUUCUCUUUUAGAUUCUUCCUCUAAUGGCUUUGUCUUGAAUGACUGGGGAAGGUCUGGUGUUUCUGCUCUAACAUGGGGUGGAAGAGUUGUGGGGGCAAGGCAGGUUAUAGGCUGUACUAAAGGAAAAUGUGGAUUUACUGAUGAAGAAUACAAUGCAUUUAUAAACACUUUUGAAGGUGGUUCUCUUCUGUAUAGCAAUAUGUCAUUUGAGGUGCUUCUCAAUGCGAGAAGGCAGCUUGAAGAAUUCGGUUUCCCCUGUAAAGCUGUGAACGAUGGCCUCUGGUUGCAGAUGCUUCUCAGUCAAAGGGUGCAGGAAGUUGCUGCCGACACAUGCAAAAGGUGCUGCCUUGUGAGCAUGGCAUGCGCAUGUAGACAGGGAUUUGGGGUUUCACUUGGAGCAAACUUCAAUACCUAUUACGGCCAAGACAAUGGGCAAGGUAGUCUGGCAGGAGACAUGGAAAAUGUAUAUGUGGCUGACUCGUCUCAAGGAGGAGGAAUUGGAAUCUUUAAGCCUGUCAGAAUCAAUGUUAGAGGACAACACAUUGACGGACUUGCUGGAAUUGGUUGUGAAGCUACAUUUGUGCCACCUUCUGCUUGGCCCCCGACCCCCUUUGUAUACUCUCGUGUCCCUAUCAACCGAAAUGGCCAACAGUCUUUUGCUAACGAUGCUCCCGAGGGUAGAAAUGAUCUCCGUGGAGAGAUUUCAAGAGACGGGUUGACAGCUUUAGUUGGGUUGAGCCAAGGGGGAAACCGUGUUGGCAAUAUUCAUGGAGAGCAAAGCGAAAAGGGGCAUGAGAGCGGAAUUGAUGUUGAAAAUUUAGAGCCAAAGGAACCUUCAGUUGGAACCGAGUGGGAAAAUGCAAACAGUUCUAUAUUACUGGAUACGAGAACACCUCUAUGCCACUUUCCUCCUUUUCGUUUUGGAGUUGAAUUUGAGGAUGUUCAUAGACUCAGCGAUGGUCAUGUAAAGCAUUCUCCUGAAUUCUUUUAUGCCGGUUCUAUAUGGAAGAUUAGUGUCCAGGCUUUCAAUGAUGAAGAUCCUCAAGGACGCCGGACUCUUGGAUUGUUUCUACAUCGUCGCAAAGCAGAGAUAGCGGAUUCGCUAAGAAAGGUCCAUGUAUACAUAGACUCUCGCGAAAAGGUCACUGCACGUUACCAGCUGAUAUGCCCGUCGAAGAGAGAGGUAAUGGUGUUUGGGAGGUUCAAACAGAGAGGGACACUGUUACCAAAAGCCCCGAAAGGAUGGGGAUGGCGAACGGCUAUUCUCUUCGACGAGCUCUCUGAUCUUCUCCAGAAUGGUUCUCUCCGUGUCGCCGCCGUGGUUCAGCUCGUCUAGUUUCCUCCUCUUUCUAAGUCUUAGAGGAAGUAAACACUCAGUCUCAAAGGCUCAUUGACAUCAAAUUCAAAUGUAUGGAAUUCGCCCCGUUAGUGUCAGGGGCGUGUAUGUGUGCGUAUAUAUUACAACGAAACGAAAUGAGGGUUAAAAAUAAAACAUUACUAUGAUGACUUGUACGCCAAAAUAAUCUGUAUUUUCUGAUAAUUAGAAGAAAUUUCAUGGUUUUUUUUUUUUUA